CAAAUAAUGGUAUCUCCCAUUAGAAUGCUUUCGUACCUUUCAAAGCGAAAGAGUUUCAACCAAAAAGAUGUUGCAACCACGGCGUCUGUUUUUUUCUUCGAGAAAAGUGUUCAGGUUGUAUUCAACUCUGACGAAAGAUCAGCCUCCGAUCUCGCGAUGUAGGAGGUGUGCAAAAAGACAAAUGGCAACACUAAAUCGAAAUAUUGUAUUCAAACAACCCAAGGAAUUGGCAGUCUGUAUGAACAAGAGAUGGUAUUGUACGAACCCUGAGGCAAGAUCCAUUAAUCCAACAUUAGAUGCACAAUCCAGGAUUUUUUACUUUGAUACCUUGGCUUUGGUAAACAAACUCAAGUCUCAAGGUUUCACAGAAGAGCAGGCCACAGCGAUAACUGAAUCAUUUACAGAUGUCCUCAACGCAAGUAUUGAACAUCAAACCAAGACAAUGGUUACUAAACCUCAACAGGAGAUCACUGUCCAACAGCUUAUGUCUCACAUUGCCUCAGUGAAGAAGGACAUGGUGAUCCUAGAGAAGAGUGAGUUCUCCAUGCUACGAAGUGAAACAGAGAAACAAACCAUGCAGAUCAAACAGUUCCAGCAAACCUUACAAGAUGAGGUGGGGAAACUUAAAAACAAUGUUGUUCUUGACAUAAAUCUGGAGAAGAGUCGGAGUACUGAAGCUCAUGCAGAAAACCGGAAAGAAUUACAAGUUCUCAACAACAAGAUUGUCACCGACACUGCUGCUCUGCACACCAAGAUAGAAACGUACCGCAAUGAUGUCUUCAAAUAUGCUGCUGGAGCCAUAGCUGGAACAGCCACCCUAUUUGUAGGGUUAUUGCGGCUGUGGAUGUGAGGGAGUUAAAUGGAACAGCUGCAUUGUGGGGUUACUUCAACUGUUGAUGUGAGAAAGCUAACAGGAACAGCCACCUCGUGGGGUUACUUUGACUGGAUGUGAGGGAGUUAACUGGAACAGCCACUUUGCAGGGUUGCUGUGACUAGAUGUGAGGGAGUUAACUGGAACAGCCACUUUGUUGGGUUGCUGUGACUGAAGAUGUGAGGGGGUUAACUGGAACAGCCAUUUUGUAGAGUUACCAUGACUGGAUGUGGAUGUGAGGGAGUUAACUGAAACAGCCUCCCUGUCCCUUGGUUUACUACAUGUAUGACUAAAUGCAGGUUGUGAUAUCUAUAUAUACCAAGACUGAUGAAAAGUUUACUGCAGUUGUGGAUGUGAGGGAGUAAAUAAUAUAUAUUGAUGUGAUGUUUUCAUUAACCAGAUGAAGAGUUUACUGUGAAGAAUGUGGAUGUGAUCAUUAACACUGAUGACUUGCUAGCUGCGAUAUCGAUAAAUGAUCACUAGAAAGGGUUUACAUUGUCUUCGUUUAUUUUAAUAGGAAGAGAAAAAAAUUAACUUGAUUUGAAAUCUAGUCGAUUUUUUUUAUUCCUCUUACUUUAUAUUGAUUACACAACAUUAUAAAAGAUAAGAUAGUGUGCUCAAAGUAAAGGAGCUCAGAUUUGAAGAUGGAUUGAAACUGCUGCGUGGAAUAAUACUGUAUACCAAGAAAUUUCCACUGCAGUUUAGUUUUCGCCUUUUUCCCUCCGUAAUGUUGGCCACUUUAUCAUCACAGUAAACGAUUGUAAACAACAUAUUAUACUCAGUAAUUAAAUGUCAAGGGCAAAUUUAAUAUCGGAGAAAAUGGAUUUUACCGUCGAAGGGCCAAAAUUUGACUGGGCAAAAAUGUCCCUGUGUAUAGUACUUAUUUAAAGUUGAUUUUAUUUUCUGAAUGCCUAAUCAAUUUUCUGUACAAAUCGGUAAAAGUGUGUUGAACCAUAUAUUCAACACACUGGUACAUGAUGAGAGCCUAUCAUUACAUCACACUGGUAAAUGAUGAGAGCCUAUCAUUACAUCACACUGGUACAUGAUGAGAGCCUAUCGUUACAUCACCCUUGUACAUGAUGAGAGCCUAUCAUUACAUCACGCUGGUAUGUGAUGAGAGCCUAUCAUUACAUCACACUGGAAUGUGAUAAGAGCCUAUCAUUACAUCACACUGGUAUGUGAUCAGAGCCUAUCAUUACAUCACACUGGUAUGUGAUCAGAGCCUAUCAUUACAUCACGCUGGUACGUGAUGAGAGCCUAUCAUUACAUCCCACUGGUAUGUGAUGAGAGCCUAUCAUUACAUCAAUCUGGUACGUGAUGAGAGCCUAUGAUUACAUCACACUGGGACAUGAUGAGAGCCUAUCAUUACAUCACACUGGAAUGUGAUAAGAGCCUAUCAUUACAUCACACUGGUAUGUGAUCAGAGCCUAUCAUUACAUCACGCUGGUACAUGAUGAGAGCCUAUCGUUACAUCACACUGGUACAUGAUGAGAGCCUAUCAUUAUAUCACACUGGUAAGUGAUCAGAGCCUAUCAUUAGAUCACACUGGUACAUGAUGAGAGCCUAUCGUUACAUCACACUGGUACAUGAUGAGAGCCUAUCAGUACAUCACACUGGUACAUGAUGAGAG